AGUUUUCACUCUUUAUGUAAAAACACAUUAAUGCUGUUUUUGACCCCCGUCGGGCUCCGUAAUGGUUCUUUCCAGAGAUGGCAGCAGCAGCAGCAUGGUGAAGGAGGACUCAGCGUGGAACCACAACAAGGACUAGAUUCUGGAUUUAAACGGUUCUAAGUGUUAACAUCCAGCUGAAGUUUAAUCUUUGGUGAUCUUUAAACCCGACAAGUUGAAUAAAAGGGACUAAGAGUCUGAGUCACGAUGCCUCACAGAAAGAAGAAGUCAUUCAUAGAGAAGAAGAAGGCUGUGACCUUUCACCUCGUCCACAGGAGUCAGAGGGACCCGCUUGCUGCAGAUGAGAAAGCCCCGCAGCAUGUCCUCCUACCUGCUGCGAAGGUGGAUGCAGAGAAGAGACGGGAAGAGCAGAGGGAGUUUGGCGUUUUCUUUGACGAUGACUACAAUUACCUGCAGCACCUGAAGGAGGCGGAAAGCCUGACUGAGUGGGUGUCUUCUGGACCCUCGCAAACUCGUGUCCGGGAUGAUGAUGAAGGAGAAGAGGAGGAGGAGGAGGAAGAGGACGCAGACAAAACCAUUCCUGCGUCCUCCAUCAAUCUGCCCUCCUCCGUGUUCGCCUCAGAGUUUGAAGAGGAAGUUGGACUUCUGAAUAAAGCUGCUCCCAUCUCAGGACCCCGGCUCGACAUGGACCCCGACAUCGUGGCUGCUCUGGACGAAGACUUCGACUUUGACGACCCGGAGAACAUGCUGGAUGACGAUUUUAUUGUCAAAGCAAACCGUGCGGGGGCAGCGGGGGGCUUCAAAGCUGAAGGGGAUGGUGAGGAUGAUGAAGAUGACUGGGAGGACACAGACGAGGAAGGCGACUUUGACUCUGAGGGCGGGUUCUCGGGUGAUGAAGACGCGGAGGGUGGCGGCCGCGGCAGAGAGUUUCUGUUCAUGGACGAGGAGACGAAGAGUCGAUUCACAGAGUACUCCAUGACGUCGUCCGUGAUGAGGAGGAACGAGCAGCUCACCCUGCUGGACGACCGCUUUGAGAAGUUUUACGAACAGUUUGACGACGAUGAGAUCGGCGCUCUGGAUAACGCUGAGCUGGAAGGAUGCAUCCAGCCGGACAGCGCUCGCCUGGAGGAAAUCAUCAAAGACUACUUCAUCCAGAAAGAGAAAGAGUAUGUCAGGCCUGAGGAUCUGGGUCCCAUAGAACUCCCUGUCCUGAAAGAGGAAGAGGAAGAUGAAGAGGAGGAAGAGAUGGAGACUAUUGUUAUUCAGGCUCCAGAAGAGAAGUGGGACUGUGAGACCAUCGUCAGUACAUAUUCCAACAUCUACAACAGACCCAAAGUCAUCGAGGAGCCGUCAAAGCAGAAGCCGAUCCGUGUGUCGCAGAGAACGGGAAUCCCUCUGGACGUCCUUCCUGCCAAAGGUCUGACCGCCAAACAGGCCGAGCGUAUGACCCGGAUCAACGACUCGGACCUGCCUCGAGUCUCCACCCAGCCCCGAGACAAGGAGGAGAGCAAGGAGGAAAGGAAGGCGAGGAAACUUGCCAUCAAGGACGAACGCAAGGAGCGGAGAGUGGAGAAGAAAGCAAACAAGAACGCGUUCAAAGAAGAGAAGGCGCGGCAGGAGAAGCAGAUGUUGAACCUGAGGACGAACAUUCAGGGUAUGAAGCUUUAGGCGCUGACAGCCGGGCGCCGCCUGCACGGACUCUGUUCUGUUUGAAGCCUCACAAGUGGACGCGCCGCUUUUUCACCCCGAGGACGCGACAGGACCAUGAACACAACCCCCGAACAUGAAGGACUGACGGGGUCCUGGGAGACUCUGGUUUCCUCCAAUCAUGAUGAGAUAAAGUUGAUUUAAUUAAGACACGAGGCAUUUGUGAGACACCGACUCAGGCUGUCAACAGUUUGAAAUCUAGAAAUACGAGAUGCUGGGUAUCGAACCAAAAUGUUACCAUUACAGUUUAACAGUCUGUACCAGAAGAAGGCCUUUAACAUGUCAUGAUCUGAUCCGUUCAUAUGGAUCCCUCCUCACCUGGAGCUCUGUCUCAAGGGGAGAGUCCUGCCUACCAGCAUCUUUCAGGGUUGAUCCACUUCUUCUUCUAUCUUAGUCCUUAAAUCUGUACAAAAGAAAGGUAUAAAACAAGCUUACUCCCAUCAGGUCAAUCAUGAGGGCAGAUUUUCAGUGUUUCAUUUAUGUUUGUACCAAUUCAAUCAAACAUGAUCGAAUACUGAGUAGCAAGAAAACUGUGGCUACCAUUAGCAGAGCUAGCACCACCAGCCUUCAGUCCUCCUUGCAGGUUAACGUCCUCACGUCUGUGCUGGUUCCUCAUUGCUCCAGAUUCUGCGCUAAGAGAGGAAAUCUGUCACCUGAGCUUGUUUACAUCCGGGUAGUAGAGCGUUAUAUCUUUAUGGCAGCAGACAUUGAAUGGAGCUACGUCCUCUGCUAGUCGUGGAUGGUCGUGCGACAGCUGAGACACAACAUAUGACCGACGGUUUAGGCCUACAAUAAUAAAAUAUGAAUGACUCGUGUGUUUGGAGAUGCUGGUGGGUGGAUUACAACGAUGCAAACACUUCAUGUUCAGAUAACAUAAAUAUUUUUCAUGUCUUUAAUAAAAACACUUUGAUGCAGUUUGAA